AUGACCUUGUCAUUUUAUAUUUGGGCUAAUGAGCUUGAGACGGUUACCAACCUCCAAUUCUACUUUCACGAGACAUUCACUGGCAAUAACCCAAGUGCUAUACUUUGCUACCCUAACAUGAAAUCUAGUGUCCACUCGACGACCCCCCUCCUAAUAUAUCCUGGCUUCGCCCUUGGUGCCAUCAUAAUGAUCGAUGAUCCGCUUACUGUAACGCAAGACCAGAAUUCGAAGUUGGUGGGCCGGGCUCAGGGGCUUUAUGGGUCAGCUGGACAGACUGAAUUCUCUCUUAUAAUGGCCGUGAGCUUGAGCUUCACGGACGGUGGCUGCAAUGGUAGCUCGCUGAGUAUUUCUGGCACGAACCCGUCUUCGAACCCGGUCCGCGAGUUACCCAUUGUAGGUGGGACCGGGAUUUUUCGGAUGGCACGUGGAUUCGCGAUUGCGCGCACGUAUUUUUUUAAUUCAACGACUGCUAUUGUGGGCUACAAUGUUACUGUUUUCACUUUUCAAUAAUUAAGGUAUUUUCUGUUGUUGAGUGGGCCAUAAUUGCUAAGUUUUCACUAAUGGGUUUCAUUGGAUCU